AUGGUUGAAGAUGCUGCAGGAUCACAGUUCCUCAUAUCAAUGCCAACCAAAUUCCGCCAUAAUGUCUGGAUUAAACGUGGUGACUUUGUAUUAGUGGAACCAAUUGCUGAAGGAGAUAAAGUUAAAGCUGAAAUAGUUACAAUCCUUACAUCAGAACAUGUGAAGUUUUUCCAGGCUAACCAUCGGUGGCCAGAGCAGUUUCAAGAAAGAAAGGACGAUGAAGAAAAGGAUGUUUUGUUUGUUAAUACAAACAGGUUGCAGCAAUGUCCUGAUGGUAACACCAGUAGCAGUAAUAGUAGUGAUGGAAGUUGCUCUGAUGAUGAUGAUGAUGACCACGAUGACGACAGAGAUACACAAGGCACUUAA